AUGGGUUUCCACAGAUCAUCCAAGGGCAUCGAUCUCAAGGAUAAGCAUAUCAUUACUGCGUACUGCCAGCGACCCUCCGGGCAAUCUAGAUAUUCAGAGCUAGAUCUGAAUGAGCUCCUCGGGGCAAACAAGGGACAAUUGGCCUGGGGUUCCCACGACUUCUCGAAAAGUUUACGCGAUGUUAGCUUGAAGCUAGAAGGCCCCAAUAGCGAGCCCAUGCUGCACGCACAACUCGAUGACAGCGAAGGAAACAUCCAAGACAGCCAGGUGAACCUGGAAGAUUGCAUUAAAAAAACGAGGAUGGUCAUCUGA